GAAACACGCUGGAAACACGCUUCACGCGCCAGUAGUGGCCAACUUGAGGCGUCCGAUCAUGGACACGCCUUCAUCAAAUUCACUGUCAAGGCCUCGUCUAAGGCUUAAUCGCUAUACACCAAAUCCUCGGUUUCAGGACAGUAGUGACAUGGACUUUACUCCAGUCGCAGUCCCUUCCUCCGCGCGAUCACAACUUAAUGUCGUCGAUGAUGAGGACGACAAUCAACCUACUCCUCGUAUGCCACUCAGGAACAUUGCUUCUCUUUCAAAUACCUAUGGUCCAAAUUCUGAUUUUGGUCUAUUGACUUCGUUUGCGACACCCUCCGAUACUCCUGCGGCACGCCUCCGCGCCUUGUUAGCACGUUCAUCUGAUUCGCCCAAUGGAAAAUCUCCCCCUGCAAGACCAUUUUCACAACUGUCAGAAGAUGGCGCUGGCUCUGUAUCAUCUCGCUUUACAUCUGCAACUCCAAGCGUUACUCGGGACAGCCUGAAAGAUUUGUUUUCUCGUGCCAGACGUGAGCCUGGGGACACACCGCAGAAAUCGAAACCGCGUAGAAAGAGUUUUGACACCAGUGAGAUGGACAUUACCCCUGUUAUCGACCGUGAAAGGGAACAGCAUAAGGGUAAAAGAAAAAGUCUCAGUGAUGAUGAAGUUGAUAAACCAAAAUCCAGCAAGAGUUCCGAAUCGUCAUUUCGGUCUUCUCAUGCAGCAACGUUUGAUACCCUUCGUGCACGUCUAAUGUCUUCUCACUCGCGGCUCCUCGAUCAAAACUUACCCACAGCGGUGUAUGACGUCACUUCUCAACCCUCCGAAACAGGUUCAUUACUUGCAGAUGACCAUCGUUUGGAAGGACAUGUUAAUGAUAAUUCGACGACAACUUCCUUACGACCGCUUGAUUCCACUUGGUCAUCGCCUCCAAGAACCUUCCAAUUGCCUUCCCAGCUAGCGUCACACUCUAAUCUCCUGGAUCAAGAUUCGGAUAUGCAGCAUGCUAUGGGGGAUCUCGAUACAUCCGAAGAUGCACCGAUGCCUGGGCCAAGCACCAGCCGCCCGUCAACCACUCCGUUGCGGCCCCAUUCCUCUAUUUCCUUACGCGGAAGUUCGCGACAUCAUGAUCAGUCUCGGCGUACCAGUCUUGAAUUGCCAGGACCAAGGGCGAGCUCAUCACUUUCUGAUGCUGAUUUCAAAGAACAACACCAGUCUCGUGAAGAACAUCGGAUGCACCAACGUGAACGCGAGUGGAACCGUCCAAAAGCACCAUCACGUUCUGCCACCCCUGAGCUGCAUCACCAACAUUCAUUGGAGUUCCACCGACGCCACUCUCAAGAAAUCCCUUGGACGUCGCCCUCUCACAUCAAGUCCCUUUCGAAUGGAGCGACUUCACCGCUCAGCAGCAGGAUUCUGCACAGAAAGGGUAGCGUUGCGUCGCUUCGCAGUUUUGAUGAUGGCCGGAGCUCAAGGUCAAGUUCCAUAAGCUCACAUGCAGAUCAUCGUGAUCGGAUGGCUGAGCUUGACGGAGAUCGUUACCUCGAGCGUGAACGAGAAUGGAAUAAACGGCACCCACCGCCUCGACCGUCUUCAAGUCUUAGCUCACAUUCAAAUCACUCACACACUCACCCCAGUCGACCUCCAUCAGUCACAGCGUAUGCGACACCAACGCUUGCAUCCCUUCAACGACAAGGUUCCAGUUCUCGAUUAUCUGGUGCCAGCUCACCUGCUAGCUCACAUGCUAGUCAUGACUCAUUACAAGAUCCGGAAGAAGUGGAAGAAGAACGAAAGGUCACGCAUGAACGGGAGCGAAAUUGGAACUCGCCACAGCCCAGAUGGAAUACGGCGAGGCAUCAUAGUCACGGCAGCAGUGGUAAUGAAGUUACAUCUGCGAGUGACCAUCUUUCUCAAAGCAAGAGUGGAAGGAGUUUGCGUACAUCGUCUAGUUUACCUCGCCUUACUCUAGAGGCUCAACGCAAAGGCUCACCGACAGCUGUGAAGUUGCGUUCUCACAAAGGCAAAGUAGAUUCAGUACUCGAUGAACCAACAUCCGUUCAUCCGCCUCAGGGUUCAGAUCCGCUGUCUCCUUCCAAUAAUGGCGAAGCUUCACCCCGUACUACACCACUCAAGCCUGCGGUCGCUUCAAGAUUUGGCUGGGGGUUUUCACGGGGUCAUCAGCUUCCUCCUUUUGAUCUAGAGAGUUCGCCUAAACGAGGUGAACGAAGCAAUAAGGAGCCUGAUUCCUCGCAUCACCACACGCCAACCAUCUCUUCACCAUCGCCGACUCCAGGCUCGCGCCCAUCCAGCCGGGCAUCGGUCGUCAAUAGGUCGAGCUUGAUUCCAGUACUGUCGCCAUCUAAGAGGGAUGGUCUUUUCAAUAGCGGCAGUUUUGCUUCUUCCACUCCUAAAGCCAACGAUGAGGAGAAGUUCAAGAUGGGUCAUCGCAAACGGUUGACGGAGUUUACUGAGUCAGUGGGGAGUAUUCACCCUCAUACUAGCAUACAUGGUGAAUUUGGGGAUGAGGAUAUGGUUUUAGCGAGUGAUGAGGAAUCUGUGUCGGAGUUUGCCCUGCAAUUGACUACUCCAGAUACACGACCUUCGAAUUCUUUCCCAGAAGAUCCUCCCAGCGAGCCAGAGACAGAGGUUUUGGUGUCUCCACCUCCCUCGCCACCAAGACAACGCUCACCCGUUCAAACACCUGGUGUUUCUUCCAAUGAUGAAGCACGUCUUCACAGAGCUCUUUCCUCAGCUUCAGCGAACUCGUUCCGACCUCCUACUCCAGACUCUCCAUUAGAUGACUCGCAGUCCCAAGAGCAGGCGAUGCCAUCAUCUUUCACUCCUCCGGGAACGCCGCCAAUGACCAGUUCCACUCCUCAGGACGAAUCUUCUGAAGUUAUUCCUACCUUUGCGCUCACAACUCCGCCGCGCCCUCUUGCGUCAAGCACUUCCAUCCUUGACGUCCGCACCCCAUCUCCGCCCCAUGAUCUCUCCAAUCUUUCUGUUCUCCCUUCUUCUGAAGAUGAAGCAGAGAUACGCGAGGCUGAUGUCACACCCGUGCGAGUGGAUGAGGAUGGCCUUGCCAAUCCGAACUAUACCGCGAUGAAAACUCCGAGGCCUCCUGGAGCGUGGGCUGCUACACCCGUACCGCCCAAGCACCUGAGGGACGCAUCACCACCUCCUACUUCAUCUGAGUUGGCUCCGAUUGCAUCAACGUCGUCGACGUCGACGUCUCGGGCUAAUUCUAAAUCCGAGCGGAGCUCAAAGAAGGAGGCCCCGGCAGGCAAUGGACUGCUCACGCCAAUACCUUCUCUGUCACGUGCUAGCACUCUUCCUAUACGCACCCCGGCACCCCCUGGUGCAUGGAUGCUCACUCCAAAUCAACCCACAGCUCAGAAUGGACAAAAUGGUUCUGCCGAUCAGUCCCAGUUUGGUUCUAUCGGAAGGAGAAAGAGCAUUCUCAAAGUACGCUUUGACGUCACGGAAUCCGAGGCUUCAACUGCUGAAGUUGAACACCAAAAAACACCUUUACCUUCCGGACGCGUACAUAUGUCAGACUUUCCACCUGAUGACCACGCACGACGGACAGAGAGCAUUCCUUCAAAAAUGACCAAUGGCUCUGCUCACGUUGUACAUGAUUCAGUGCCAGCAAGGCCCGUUACUCCUGAACAGUCUACAACGUCCGCGUCUCGUGCCAAUAUACCAUCGCCACGUUCGCUAAGAAAAUCCCCCACCGUCAAAGUUGUGGAUGCAUUCGGCCGGGAAAGGAUUGAUGACCUUCCAACGCCGGAUGAAGCCCGGGAUAUUGCGAACGGGCAUGUAGAUGCGAAAGACGCAAUUUGUUCACCAUCAUCAGCCGAAACUCCUCACACUUCCCGUGCCCAACACAAGAGUAAUAUUCGUAUUGUCGAUGCAAUGGGAAGAGAAAUUGAAGAAGUCCCUGUGAUUGAGCCCCUAUUCGAAGAAGAGUUGUUGGUCCUACAUGAUGAUCCACCCGUUGGUCGCACCAAAACGCUGGCUCAGAUGCGGCAAACACUUCGGGAGUGGGCCGAUGGGCUAAGUGAUGGGGACAGGUCUGUUGAUGACCUCGCUUUGAACACAAGCCACCUUGAAGAGCUGGAAGAAGUUUCGAGGGCAGCACGGCAUGCUCGGAAUCAGUUGGCUCAGACCCUUCGCGUUGAAUCUGUGAAAGAGCGUGACCUGAUUAACAAACAUGCGAAGGACGCUGUGACCCGAAGUAAGCUUUUGCUGGCUAUCGCUGGCGACAAUAGUUCUUUCCAUCGUGGUAUGGUUUUGCUCGGAGUUGUGGUCCAAAUAGUCUUCGUCCUUGCAAUGUGGCGAUUCGCACACACUCAAGCUCGCCGACUUUUUUACACCGUCUAUUAUGAUCCUCUAUACCCAGAGUUGAAUCCCCUACCUGGACAUCGCCCAUCAAUUUUCGCCCCCAUACCCCUCAUUUCCAUGGUCGCUUUCGAGCGCGGCACUGUGCGCCGCAUUGGUGAACAUGCUUGGGAGAAGUGGGGAGAACGCCCUUACACCGGAACAUGGCCCCCUACGUGA